AUGGAGUUAGCUGCACUCAGUGCAAAGCACCUUUUCAUUUUGUGUUGCUACGGUGGUACUCCAUUUGUCGACUUGCAUGCCACAUCACAUAUCAAGCAGAAACACCAAUCCACGCACAUUGUUCUCAACUGAACUUAUCGUUAAUAGACUCCUUGCCGACAUUGCACGUCCCACCGAAUAUAGCAUUGAGUAGUUGCGAUUUAUUUAACCUGACAUUCUCGGAUAUUCAGGAUGAGGAACUGUUUGAGAAAAGCAGAGGGCAAGUGAAAUGCA